AUGUCAUCAUAUGAAGAUAAUACAAAAAGGAUUGAUUUCUGGACAAUAGAACAGGAAGAGAAGAAAUUCAGUGAACUUUAUGUGUGUUCGUAUCGGCGAUGUCUCGCAGUUGGUAAAGUCGAGCAAUUAGUUAAAGAAAGAAACGAUGCUGUUCGAAAUAAGUCUCGCAGAUAUUCUCAUCAAGUGAACCAAUUAAUGAAACAAACCAAGAAAAUCUUCAUAUCUCGAGCCAGUGUGUAUUCAAGUGGUGGUGGUGGUGGUUUUGGUUUUACACUUCGUUAUUAUGUUAUUUACCCGUCAUUAACUUCUGUUCAGGCAUCAUAUCAUGUUGUCAUCGAUGAACAUCAGCGAAAGCAAUUAGUCGACGACAAAUCAACAACGAUGAGAAUUCCAUCUUCAUCGACCAAUUUCCGACAUCAUCAAGGAGAACAACAAGAAAUCUCCUCAUCGAAUUCCAUGAAAAUUAUCAGCACUGAUAACAUCGAUGAUGAUGGUCUUACUCGUCAUGAGAAUCUUCAGUAUUUGGAUACGAUCUUUGUCAAAGACGUGCGCCGAGAUAGUCCAGCUUAUAAAGCUGGUCUAAGAGCAGGCGACCGAGUGCUAUCAGUCAACGAUCAAUCUGUACAUGGAAAGACUUACGCGCAAGUCAUUGCCACAAUUAAAAAUACUCCAUAUGAUCUCGUUUUGAAUGUUCUACCCAACGAAGACGAUCACAUUUCUCUAAAUUCUUAUCAAUCGAAUAAUUAUUCAUCACCAUUCAUCAUGUCAAAUAAUACAAUCGAACAGAAACUACGUAAUUUACAAAUCAAUCUAGCACAAGGUCGAACUCAAGAAGAGCUCGCACAAGCUGGAAUUUACUUUCCUUCUCCAAAAUCAUCGUCAUCUCCGCAGAACAUCUUUUCAAAUUACAUCGAUUCAGUUCACAAAGCAUUAGAUUCGUCGAAACAACCUUCCAAAGAGAGUUCGUCAUCGUAUUAUCAAUCACCAUUUCACAAUGAGUAUAUUCCGUACGAAUAUAAACAAUCAGCAUCAUUUCUACCUAUGGUUAAUACCUCGUUUAAUCUUCCUUCGCAAGAUCAAACUCAAUGGACAUCGCCUUCAUCGUCGUCACGCGAUGAAGUCAAAUCACCAUCGAGUGAUUCGAUGGGAACGGAUAAGGACAUGAAGACUGAAUUUGUCAACUUUCGGAAGAAACAGUUCGAAAGUGGCCAUGUGGAAAAUCUCGCUCAUGACAAUCAAAGUGAUUCGAAAAUGAAGAAAUACUCCGAAAAGAAAAAGUACGAAAACGAAUGGAAUCGAUUGACCGCCGUUGCCGACGUUGAAUCUGUAAUGACCCGUGCAUCACACUUCGAAGAUAUCGAUCCAAACAAAUUCGCGAAAUUCAAAUCUAAACCUUCAAAUUCGCCAACGCCCUCACAGCAAGAAAGUAUUCUCUAUCAAGAAGAUGAUCAUUCAGAGCAAGAUGGCUAUUAUGAAUCACAAUAUAAACUGAUGAAACCAAUUGUAACAUCAUUUCAAAUGCCGAGAGCUGAUGAAAUCAACCAUAUCGAGUAUAAUUACAAUCAUCCAAGAUACAUGAUUGAACCGGUACGAACGACAUCAUCUCAAAAACCAACAUCGACGACAACGACAACAACAACAACAUCUCAUUAUGCUCCAUUAACGGCAAAUGAAAGUCAACGAUAUACAAUUAAUAAUUAUUCUCCAGCACGAACUUCAGGCGUGAGUCUUAUUCGUCAAGAUUCAUAUAUAACUGCUGUCCGGUCAGCACAUCCAAAUGAACAGACCGAUUUCGUUAACCUGCAUGUUUGUGAUCAGUUUGCUUUGUCUUAUAACCCUGAAACACCCGUUUUUCGACGUAAAGUAGCCCAAUAUGGUGUAACGUCACGAACAAGCGAACAAGAACUAAAACAACGUCGAACAUCUUAUUUGAUUGCAACAGAUCAACGUUUGUCAUGUCGCAUCGACCAUCUACCUCCGACAUAUUUGCGAACAAACAAAGACGACAACUAUUCCUAUGAUGUUUCGCAUGAAGAACAACAGAAAUUAAGAGGUACUCCUCAACACCAAUCGCAAGCGAUACGAAAGCUAAAAAGUUUUUUCGGUGAAGGAACGCCGGAAGUGACUCAUGCGCUCGAUCAACGUUCCUCCUUGUCACCUCAAUUAUCGUCGGGUAAUCAGUCAAAGUCAGGCUCCUAUUUCUUCGACAGUUCAACCACGACUCCACAAGAAUCGAUCUUAUUGACCACUAUGGCUGAUAACAUCGAAGCAACAAAAGAAGGAAUACUCUAUUGUAAGACAGUACUCAGAGAUGGUCGUCGGGCACCAGAUCGCUCAUGGCGUGGAGCAUGGGCAGUUCUUCGACGUGGUGCUCUCUUUCUUGGAAAAGAGAAAAAACAUGGAUUAUUAAUUCCGUUGUCAUGUGAUUCAUUUCCAAUCAAUCUUCGAAAUGCUGAAGUUGAGUUAGCAAGUGAUUACGUGAAGAAGCCUCGUGUUUUCAAAGUGACAACCUCAAGUCAGAGUGAAUUUCUCUUUCAAGCACCUGACUCACAAUCAUUAACGGAAUGGUUAUAUGUUAUCAAGGAGUAUUGUGCUUCCGACCAAAAUAAUUCACGGUUACUGACUGAUGUCAAUGAUAAAUCAUUAAGAAAAAGUGCAACUUCAUUGUUGCCGCUCGCAUCGACAACGAAUGAACCAGAUUUAAUAUCGCAGAAUGAUGCGCAACAAAAAUCCAGUCCAACGCAAACGAGAAAGUCGAAAUUAUCUUUACGUAGUCCGUCACUCAAACGUUCACCUAGUCUUCGCUUGCGUAAAUCACAAAAACCAGCGACAAGCCAGCAGGUUACAUCAAUGAGUAACUUAAAUUCUCCAUCGAGUAUCUCUCCUCGUCGUUCCUUUGUCAAAUCUAUUGUCAAAAAAGGUCUUCGAACACUAAAAUCUUCUUCAUCGAUCUUAACCAAUCAAAUGAGUGGACAAAUUUACGACGAAAGCAGUGGAGAAUAUAUUUCAUCAAGUUCAGGUGUUCAUUCCAUUUCCCAAGGCACUAAUUUCGGCAUUGAAUUAGAAGAAUGCGAAUGUUCAUCGAUAUCACGUUAUAUUCCCAUCGUAGUGGAGAUUCUCACUCGUCUCGUCGAGUUACGCGGUAUUAACAGUCAAGGAAUCUAUCGAAAUGCAGGCGGUUUAACUGCAGUCAAUUGGCUUGUCUCGGAAUUUGAUAAAGGAGCAGAAAAAAUCGAUUUCAAUUCAGAGAAAUGGUACGAUGUGAAAGCCAUAGCGUCAACCUUGAAGACAUUCUUUGCUAAACUGCCUGAUUCCUUACUAUCAUCAAAAAUGAGCAGUUUAGCUGUCAAUGCUAGUCGAAUUGAAAAUCAUCGUGAUCGUCUAAUGGAUUUGAAACGUCUGAUAAUGCAAUUGGACGAUUAUCGUUUUGAAACAUUAAAGUAUUUAUGUGCACAUUUCCGACGAGUAGCGUCGAACUGUGAUGUUAACAAGAUCGAUGCGAGAAAUCUGGCGAUUAUCUUUGGACCAACGUUAAUCUGGGAUUCCAAAGCAUCCUUACAAUCAAAUCUGGUGGACAAUCCAGAAAAGAUUCGAAUUAUUGAAUCAUUUAUUCUAUACUACGAAUGGUUUUUUGACUAUAAUGGUUCAGAUGAUGUUCCAGCGGAAAUCAAUCCUCAAAUGCCAAAACUACCUUUAGUAUUAAGCAUCACCAGUAAUGACCACGAUCUAUCUCUUAACAACGAAACGAAACCAUCGGAAAUCAUUCAGCAAAUUGUUCGUGCUGCUAAACGACGAUGGUCAUCACCUCUACUACUCGAUUCCCUGUCGUCGUUGAAUAUGAACAACACAGAUCAGCAAACCUCGAAGCCGAUUAAUAUCUCAUGUUGUUCGUCCACAUUGAUAUCUAUUUUGUUAAACCGUCGACGAGAUACAAAGAAAGAAGAGAAAUCAUCAACAUCUUCUUCACGGUCUCGUUCGGUAGACUCAUCUCUUCAAACGAAUCAAAUCGUUUCAUCAUCAACAGAUUCAGCUGUUUAUUCCAUGUCAGAUAUAAGCUCAUCAAUCAGUACCACAGCGACAAAGAAACCAUCGCAAUCCCUGAGAGAUAUUUCACAUAUAUUUCAAUAUUUUACGUUAUCAAAUGAAAAACACAAAUCGAAAACUCUGACCAAUAUUCGACGGAAAAAAUCACGAAAGAAAAUCACCGACGAAACGUUUCUUCUUCCAACAAAUAAAGAUGAUGAAAUCUACGAAAGAAUCAGUAAUUCCAGUAUUUGUUUUAUCGAUCAAUCUCCAGUGCAUGAAAUUGAUCUAGUCCAGCAAACAUCUCUUUUGAAAUCGAAAUUAAUUGAACAUGAAAAUCUUCUUCAAACACUAAAACAGCAAAUCCACGAUGUAGAUCAGCAAAUCUUCAUUAUCAAAGAAGAUUCCAUCGAGAAAACAUUCUUCUCAUCUUCAGAUCGACAAUUAAUCAAACGUCGUCACACGUUCAACUCGCUCUUAGAUUUAAACGAUCUCUUUCUUGAAAAAGACAAACUCUCCUCUUCAUCUUUAUACGCCUUACAACUUUUGUGA